AUGGCCUAUUCUUGGGACUGUCGACCGCUGGGCGUGGAGGAGGGUCUGCGCUUGCUGAUAGAGGAACUGGGCACUCCUCCACUGAAUGGCGUGAAGCAAAUCAUGGAGGAAUCCGUCACCAGGAAGUUCGUGCAUGAAGACAGCAGCCACAUCAUCUCUUUCUGCGCGGCAGUUGAGGCCUGUGUCCUCCACGGGCUCAGGCGCCGGGCAGCCGGUUUCCUGCGCAGCAACAAGAUUGCAGCUUUGUUCAUGAAGGUGGGGAAGAGCUUCCCUCCUGCCGAAGAGCUUUCUCGGAAGGUGCAGGACCUGGAGCAGCUCAUCGAGAAUGCGCGCAACCAGGGCCCGGGGGCACAGGAGAACACCCGCAAGGUCCAGAAGUUACCCAACUUGUCUCCCCAGGCCAUCCGGCACCUCUGGAUCCGCACCGCGCUCUUCGAGAAAGUCCUGGACAAAAUCGUGCACCACUUGGUGGAAAACAGCAGCAAAUACUACGAGAAAGAAGCCCUGCUAAUGGAUCCUGUCGAUGGGCCGAUUCUCGCCUCUCUUCUAGAGGGACCCUGUGCCCUGGAGUACACCAAGAUGAAAACGGCCGAUCACUUCUGGACCGACCCUUCGGCGGACGAGCUCGUGCAGCGCCACCGGAUCCACAGCUCCCACUGUCGCCAGGACUCACCAACCAAGCGCCCCGCUCUUUGUAUCCAGAAACGGCAUUCCAGUGGCAGCAUGGAUGACCGGCCGUCCCUCUCGGCCAGAGACUACGUGGAGUCCCUGCACCAGAACUCCAGGGCCACCCUUCUGUACGGCAAAAACAACGUCCUGGUGCAGCCGCGAGAUGACAUGGAGUCCAUUCCAGGAUACCUCUCCCUUCACCAGACAGCCGACAUCAUGACACUGAAGUGGACUCCGAACCAGCUGAUGAAUGGCUCUAUGGGAGACCUGGACUACGAGAAAAGCGUGUACUGGGACUACGCCAUGACCAUCCGCCUGGAGGAGAUUGUCUACCUGCACUGCCACCAACAGGUAGACAGCGGGGGGACAGUCGUCCUGGUGAGUCAAGACGGGAUCCAGCGGCCUCCGCUGCACUUCCCCAGAGGCGGUCACCUCCUGCAGUUCCUCUCUUGCCUGGAAAACGGGCUCCUGCCCCACGGCCAGCUGGACCCGCCUCUCUGGUCGCAGAGGGGGAAGGGGAAAGUCUUUCCAAAGCUGAAAAAGCGCAGCCCCCAAGGAUCUGCAGAGUCCACGUCAGACAAGGAGGACGACGAAGCCACAGACUACGUUUUCCGAAUCCUCUACCCGGGAAUGCAGUCAGAGUUUGCCCCCCAGGACCUGAUGGACGGUCCCACGAGUGGCUUGCCCUCCAUAUGGCAGCCGAGCACCCGCAAGUCCUCCUGCUCGUCUUGCUCCCAGGGCGGCUCAACAGAGAGCGGCCCCUCCAAUGGCUGCAACCACGAAAGGGCUCCGCUCAAGCUGCUGUGUGACAACAUGAAGUACCAGAUCCUCUCCAGGGCCUUCUACGGCUGGCUGGCCUACUGCCGUCACCUCUCCACGGUGCGCACUCACCUCUCGGCACUGGUGAACCACGACAUCGUCUCUCCCAGCAUGCCGUGCGACGCCAGCCUGGGUCUGACAGCGGAGAUCUGGGAGAAGUUCAUGCAGGACAGCUCGAGCUUCCAGGAGAAGGAGCUGCUGCGCCUGGUCUACUUUGGAGGCGUCCAGCCCGAGAUCCGGAAAGCCGUCUGGCCGUUCCUCUUGGGGCAUUACCGAUUUGGGAUGUCAGAAGCCGAGAGGAGGGAGAUGGACCACCAGACCCACGCCUGCUAUGCCCAGACCAUGGCGGAGUGGCUGGGCUGCGAGGCCAUCGUCAGGCAGAGGGAGAAGGAGUCCCACGCGGCCGCCCUGGCCAAGUGCUCCUCCGGGGCCAGCCUCGAUUUCCACCUCGAGCGCAUGAUGCACCACGAUUCUACCAUCAGCAACGACUCUUCCCCGAGUGGAAGUUCUGGCCGACAGAAUUUGGCCCGCCUGCAGAGUGACUCUAGCGGCAGCACGCAGGUGUUCGAGUCCGUGGACGAGGCGGAGCAGCCGGAAGCCGAGGCCCAGCCGGAAGAGGGCAAGCGGGCCAAGCUCUCCAACGGGGCCCUCCCCAACGGGACCAGCUCCCCGGACUCCGGCCACCCUUCCUCGCAGAACUUUUCCCUCGCCUCGGCCUAUUCGGAGCGCAGCUUCAGCACCGAGGACAGCGUGGCGGAGGGCGGCAAGCCUCUGGGGUCCCACCUAGCCACUGGAGGGGCCCUCCGGGGAGCCGCCCCUAGGGGGGAGGAGGAUGGCCUCUCGGAAGAAGGCCUGCCGGUCCGGGACAGCCUGGAUGGGGACUCCAGGAGACCUCUAGGGGAGCUCGGCCCCCUGGGCAAGGAGGAGGAGGCGGCUCUGUCUGUGGCGGGCAGGGCGGAGGGCUGGGCUGACCGCGGCAUCGAGCAGCAGAACUCGACGGGGAGCGAAGACGACCUCCUGGAAGAGCCGGAGAUGGAGAGCUUGUACCCACAGCUGGAUCCCCACUCGCUGGCCGUCACGGACCUGACCGCUGUCGAAGUGUCUCCGGUCUCCUCGUCCGGGGUCACGUAUUCGCCGGAGCUCCUCGACCUGUACACCGUGAACCUGCACCGCAUUGAGAAGGACGUCCAGAGAUGCGACCGGAACUACUGGUACUUCACGCCAGCCAACCUGGAGAAACUGCGCAACAUCAUGUGCAGCUACAUCUGGCACCAUCUCGACAUCGGCUACGUCCAGGGGAUGUGCGACCUGCUGGCACCGCUGCUCGUCGUUCUAGAUGACGAAGCCCUGGCCUUCGGCUGCUUCUCGGAGCUCAUGAAGCGGAUGAACCAGAACUUCCCCCAUGGAGGGGCCAUGGACACCCACUUUGCCAACAUGAGGUCCCUCAUCCAGAUCCUGGACUCGGAGCUGUUUGAGCUGAUGCACCAAAAUGGUGACUACACACAUUUCUACUUCUGCUACCGCUGGUUCCUCCUGGAUUUUAAGCGAGAACUUGUUUAUGACGACGUCUUCUCUGUCUGGGAGACCAUCUGGGCUGCAGCACACAUCUCCUCUUCGCACUAUGUCCUCUUCAUCGCGCUUGCCUUGGUGGAAGUCUACCGGGACAUCAUCCUUGAGAACAACAUGGAUUUUACGGACAUCAUCAAGUUCUUCAACGAAAUGGCCGAGCGUCACAACACCAAGCAGAUCCUGAAGCUGGCACGAGACCUGGUGUACAAAGUCCAGACUCUGAUUGAGAACAAGUGACCCAGCGGACCGCGCGUGCCCCGGCGGGCGGAGGAGGGAGACCCCUGCCUGUCACCCUUGGAGGCA